AUGGCCACCUCUUCCCCGGCGGAGUCCGUCCAACUCAGUAGCGACAGUGACUCAUUGCGUCAAUUCGACGAAGACUUCUCCGACCCUCUGCGCCGCGCCCAAGUCAGGGUUCUACAUUACAAGAUUCUUCUGCCGCCCGUAAGCGAGAAGCGUGUCAAGAAGUUUCAGAGCCGGAAAGAGGCCGCUGCAAACAGUGUCGCAAUCACACAGGCACUUCUCGAUCUAUUCACGAGACUGCAGGUCUGGAAUUCCGUAUCCGAUGCUGGCGAUGAGAGCGGUAUCAAGCUCGUGACCAAGAUUGAGUCGUCCUACCAACCGCCUUCAGAAGAUGACUAUGUUCACGAAGGGGGACCUAUUUGGUUUUUUCGCAACGAUUUAAAGUAUCUUGGUCUCGAAGAGAGCUUGUUACUGUCUUCGGGACUGCUACCAGAGGUCUGCGUCAUCUCUCAUCUUCACGUGAAAACUGGCCAAUACCGCUUGCACCCCAGUUUAUUGGCGGUCCUGACCAAAUCCUUGCCCACUCUACGCCGACUUACGUUCAAACUUGAGAUGCCAACUCGUCGGCACAUGUUUCAGCGGAGAGAAAUCCGAUGCGCCCUCGCCAAUGCAAUGCGGGAUGCAUCUCUCGAUAAUCUUGAGGUUCUCGAAAUCCGACUUUACGACGCUGCGCCAACAGAUGAGAGAUCCAGCCUCGACGUGCUCACAAACUCUGAUGGACGAGACGAUUUGAGCAUGGCCAUCCGGGAUAUGCUCAAGCUUCCCAAACUACGAGAAGCGUCGUUUCUGGGCGGCUGGAUCGUUGCACCAUCGGCUUUUCAAACGGAUACCUCUUUUGGGCCGCGUCUGGAACGUUUAUCCUUUGAGACCAUCCCCGUCACCCCGGAUGGAAGGUGGCUAGUUACGGGCAACAUCGAGAAUGCGUGGGAAAAUAACGACAGGCCAUCAAGCGAAGAGAGCCUAGCAGCUCUCGACUCACAAGACUCCGACGCAACAGAUUACAUCCCCGACCACUCGUGA